AUGGGUAUGCUUGGAAUCGCCUUCACAGGAGGUGGAAAGAGGGACGACGAACUUACAGUCAACGAGAAGCAGACCGCUAUGUUCAUCAUGCAAACCAUGUUCUGCCUUGCCGCCAUCCCCGUCAAAUGGGCCAUUUGCUUCACCUUACUCCGCAUCGCCAAUGGGAAAAAGGCAUAUGAGUGGUCAAUAUAUGCGAUUAUGGCGGCGGUUGCGUGUGUUAUGGCCUCGACGACUAUAUACGAGUUCUUCCAUUGCACACCAAUUGCAAUGAACUGGAAGGCUGUGGAAGGAGGCACCUGCAAGGCGCAAAGCAACAUUACUGGAUUCAGCUUUGCGCUCUCUGCGGUUUCAAUCUUCUCGGAUUGGUUUUGCGCAAUCAUUCCCAUUCCACUCCUUUGGAACGUCCAGAUCGAUCUCCGCGUCAAGAUCUCCAUCAUCGCCCUCCUCGGCCUCGGUAUAUUCGCAUCAACAGCAGCCAUCGUUCGCCUCACCGUAACACUCAACCUCAGCGCAACAACAGACUUCCUCUACUACGCUAUGCCUGUAGCUGCAUGGGCGCAUGCUGAGCUUGGGCUUGGCGUUGUCCUCGCAAACCUUUCGGCCUUGCGUCCCCUUCUCGAGAAGAUGCUCGACCUUGGAUCGACAUUGCGCAGCAGCAAGAAGCGUACCGGCGAUCAGGCGUCUGGCGAUGCAUACAUGGAGCUUGAGGAGGGUAUCGGCAGUAAAAAGAGGACAAUGUUGUCGAAGAGGCUGAGCGGGCGAACAGGACUCAAGGCAGCUGUUGGUGUUGGAGAAGAUCCGGAUGGUACCUCAUCUCUAGGUGACGAUGAUAGGUCUACGCGCAACAUUAUGAGCCGACACGGGCCGCAUAACAUACAGAUAGACCAUGAGUAUGAGCUCUUGGUUUUAGAUACACUGACAGUCAUUUUCAUUUCCAUCUUAACAUCCCACGCCUUCUUCUCUCACCCCAAGGCAGUAUCCUCGUUGAACAAGAUGUCUCACCUUGACAGCAACAGUACUCCACCAGACACCUUGUCCGAGAAGCACAUUCCAGGACCCGGCACAUCUCCCACUUCCCUCAAUCCUGAAGAAGCGGACCGACUACGAUCCAAGGCCCUUUCGACUGAUGUCUCCAAGCUACAAAAUGGUUACUUCUUCAGUGCAAGGAUCGUUGGCUCAUUCUCUGGAACUGGAAUCGUCGUACUUGCGACGUAUUUCCAGUUCCAAGCCUUAGCUGCUGCGAUAUCUUCCGUCAACGCAGACAUCGGGCCAAGCGCCAACGUUGCCCUCGUCAGUACAGUAUGGACCGUGUCGCAGCCUAUCUCCCUCUUGCUGUUUGGUCGACUCAGCGAUCGCUUUGGGCGCCGCAACUUUGCCUUGGGUUCCUGCGUGCUUGCGAUCAUUGGUGGCAUCGUCGCGGCCACAGCGCAGUCUAUCGAGACGUUGAUUGGAGCCGAAGUUAUUAUGGGCAUCGCGUCUGGAGUGCCAGCAGCGUAUCCACUCCUAGCGGGCGAGCUCGUAAGUAACAGGUACAAAUAUGUUGGUACUGCUCUAGUCGUCGUGCCAAAUGUGAUUGCGACCGGCUUUGGGGCAUACAUUGGUCUGCGAUUGGUUCAGGUAGCUGAUUGGCGAUGGAUCUUCUACAUAUACAUUAUGAUGAUGGUUCCCGGCGCUGUCUUGUGGUUUUUCUUCUACCAUCCGCCUUCUUAUACCCAGCUUCACGGCAAGAAGUCCAGCAAGAUCACCGAACUCAAGAAGGUCGACUGGACAGGGGUCGCCCUUUUGGUAGCUGGUCUGGCUCUUUUCCUACUUGGCAUCUCUUGGGGCGGUCCUGCACAGCCGUGGUCAUCUCCAAGAAUCCUCGGUCUUUUGCUCUCGGGUGCAGUGGCCAUUAUCGCGUUUAUCCUCUACGAGGUCUUCCUAACGCCGGUACAACCGAUCGUUCCGAUGCGCUUCUUCCGCGACAUACGUGGGUUCACCUGUCUGGAAGUCAUUUCAGCGACUUACGGUGUCAUCAAUAUCGCGCUUUUCGUUAUGUGGCCACAACAGGUUGUCUAUAUCUUUGGUUCCACUGUUAGUUCCUGGGAGGAGACCGCAUGGCUUUCAACAACAGCUGCAUUCGGCCUUUGGGGCGGGAUAGUCAUUCUCGGUCCUCUUAUGUCGUGGAUUGGCCACAUCAGAUACCAGAUCUUGGUCUCUUCGAUCUGGAUGACCGCUUUCCUUGGUGCAAUGGCCAGCAUCACGGUGGAAAACAAAGCUCGUGCGAUUGCCUUUUCGUUUCUGGCGGGUUGGACCAUUGGGUGGGGCGAGGUCAUCGCAGCGAUUGUCGUACAGUAUGUAGUCUCAGACCAAGACCUCGGUGUUGCGUUCUCUGUGAUCUCGGCAUCCCGCACUAUCUUCGGUUCCAUCUUCACGGCCGCAUUCAUCGCAGUGUAUACGAACAAAGUGCCGGGCUACCUUGCAUCGAUAGUACCGCAACGCGUUUUAGCAGAUGGACUACCGGAAAGCUCCUUGAGUGCGCUAAUGGCAGCUGCCGCGACCGCCAACCAAACAGCUCUUCUAGAAAUCGAUGGCAUGACACCGGAACUGCUUCGCACCACCAACAUAGCUAUCAGCGAUGCUUACUCCGAAUCGUAUGCUUACGUAUACUACUUCGCUGUCGCUAUCGGGGUGCUUGCAAUCGGCGCGUCACUGUGUAUGCGCGAUUUCGAUGGCUAUCUUACUGGCCAUGUAUCGAGGCAGCUGUACCGCAAGAGAGACACCAGCACUGACCCAUUGGAAGCUACCACACAGGUAGCUGGUCAAGGCUCGGUCGACGACAGCGACGGUGCCACGAAGGCCUGA